AUGGAAUCUCUUAAUGGUCGAGCUAUUUUGGCUCCAACUUUGGAUUUAGUGCAUGAAAUCAAUGAUUACAUGAGUGGCUUGAAUCCGACAGCUAUUAGAACUUAUUUCAGUUCUGAUUCUGUUUGUCAAUCAGAUUCUGGUGUCGACACUUUAGCUGGUUUACAUACAACAGAGUUUCUUAACACGUUGAAAUGCUCGGGUAUUCCAAAUCAUUGCCUUAUGUUGAAAGUUGGAUCUCCAGUUAUGUUGUUGCGCAAUAUUGACUACACUCUUGGCUUGUGUAAUGGUAUGCGAUUAGUCAUUACUAAAUUGGGAGAUCAUGUUGUUGAAGCGAAAGUGAUGUCAGGAAGUAGUAUGGGUACACGAGUUUUAAUUCCAAGAUUAUCAUUGACACCGUCUGAUCCUCGAUUGCCAUUUAAGUUCCAAAGGAGGCAAUUUCCUUUAAUGUUGUCAUAUGUAAUGACAAUAAAUAAGAGUCAAGGACAAAGUCUUACAAAUGUUGGCUUACUUCUGAAAAAACCUGUUUUUGUGCAUGGACAAUUGUAUGUGGCUUUGUCUAGAGUUGACAAUCCAAAUAGUCUUAAAGUGGUUGUUUUGAGUGAGAAUGGGGAGUAUUCUUCUUCAACUGUAAAUGUUGUAUAUCACGAGGUUUUUAAAAAUUUGUAA